AUGGGUCUUAAAGCUAACAGCGACACUGGCAAACACAGAACUUUCAAGCACGCAGGCUACGCUGUCGUUGUCCAUAACGACUCCGAGCGCUCCGUUUGGAUCAGACCACCGUUGAAGAAGGAGAAGGCCUUGGUCGCGCGUGGCAGGCCGCUUCGCAAUGAACCUUCAUCGUCUAAGCAAAAGGCUCCAUUCACACACGUCUUUAAGACGCUUAACACACUGUUCCGUACCGGUUCUUCUGCACCCAACCGUAUCGCAAAAUCUUUCCAAACCGUCGGGAACGCAAUUCGCAGAGCCCUGGGGAAGGUGAAAGCGGCAACCAACGAGUGCUCUAUUCGCUUGGAUGAAACAAGCGAGCAUCGCUCCAAUGCCUGUAUCACGGGAAAUCCGGGUUCUCAACUACAGUUGACCGAUAUCGUGGUCCCAAUUGAGGUCACGUCGACCUCAGUUCCAGCGGAAUCAAAGAUCCUAUCGAACGCAGCUAAAAUCUUCAAUGAGGACCCUCGUCGAAGGUUCUCGUAUGGGGUGACCGUCGAAGACAGAAAUGUAUCCCUGUGGUACUUCUCCAGGUCAUUGACCAUCAGGUCGGAGCCCUUUGACGUACAGCAGCACUCGGAUAUCCUCGCCCAUGUGUUCGUCUCCUUCUUCUGUUCGUCGUACGAGCAGUUGGGGUUCGAUCCGCUCGUAACCCUACUCCACGGUGGAACUGGCUACGUCUAUGAGCUUCCACCCGACGGCGAGCGGACGGUUCCCCUGUUCUACAAAACCCUGGAGGUGAUCUGGGAGCACCGUCCUACUCGCCUCUCUGGGCGUUAUGGACGAGGCUGGAAAGUUGAACAGGUUCACUCGGCCUCCGAUUUUCAGAGAAUCCCAGGAACAUCGACAAUGGCAUUAAAGGACUCUUCUGUCGACGUUUCAAUACCCGUCGAAUCGGAGGUUCAGGAAGCUCUAUUUCGAGACAUUGCAGCAUUUGGACGAGGCAUUAACUGGAAGUCGCAUCCUCUUUCGAAGGAUUCCAGAGUAGAUUCAGACUUGAUGGAGCUCGAGGAGGUGUUACGGGGCGACAACUUUGAGCAUGCGAUUGGAGGAGAACCUUUCGCGGGCGUUUGGCAGAGGGGCAUUCUUCCAGCAGUACAUCCAUUCGUCGUAUGCCUCGAUGCGGUUUUUUCAUUCUACACCACCAUCUUGGACAGAAUGCUGACCUUCUCAAAUUCCUUCCGCCCUCGCUGCUUCAGUCGUCCUUUCUAG